AUCUCUGCAGCUCGGAUCCGCUCGAUCAGCUUCUUGCCCAUCUGUUCCAAAAUGCGCGAAAUUGUGCAUUUGCAGGCCGGCCAGUGUGGAAACCAGAUCGGAGCCAAGUUCUGGGAGGUGAUCAGUGAUGAGCAUGGUAUUGAUCCUACCGGUACCUACCAUGGAGACAGCGAUCUCCAGCUAGACAGGAUCAGCGUCUACUACAAUGAGGCCACAGGUGGGAAGUAUGUGCCCAGAGCCAUCUUGGUGGAUCUGGAGCCCGGAACGAUGGAUUCAGUCAGGUCCGGUCCCUUCGGGCAGAUCUUCAGACCUGACAACUUUGUCUUUGGCCAGAGUGGAGCUGGAAACAACUGGGCAAAGGGCCACUACACUGAGGGAGCUGAGCUGGUGGACUCUGUCCUGGAUGUAGUGAGAAAAGAGGCCGAGAGCUGCGACUGCCUGCAGGGCUUCCAGCUCACUCACUCCCUGGGUGGCGGUACCGGCUCUGGCAUGGGCACCCUGCUUAUCAGCAAGAUUCGCGAGGAGUAUCCUGAUCGCAUCAUGAACACCUUCAGCGUGGUGCCUUCUCCCAAAGUGUCUGACACCGUGGUGGAGCCCUACAACGCCACCCUCUCUGUCCAUCAGCUGGUGGAGAACACAGAUGAGACCUACUGCAUUGACAAUGAAGCGCUCUAUGAUAUCUGCUUCCGCACACUCAAACUCACCACCCCGACCUAUGGAGAUCUCAACCAUUUGGUGUCUGCCACCAUGAGCGGGGUGACCACCUGUCUACGUUUCCCCGGCCAGCUCAACGCUGAUCUCCGUAAACUAGCUGUCAACAUGGUGCCCUUCCCCCGUCUGCACUUCUUCAUGCCUGGGUUUGCCCCCCUCACCAGCAGGGGCAGCCAGCAGUAUCGCGCACUGUCUGUGCCUGAGCUGACUCAGCAGAUGUUUGACGCCAAGAACAUGAUGGCCGCCUGCGACCCACGUCAUGGCCGCUACCUCACUGUGGCCGCCGUCUUCAGGGGACGCAUGUCCAUGAAGGAGGUGGAUGAGCAGAUGUUGAAUGUGCAGAACAAAAACAGCAGCUACUUCGUUGAAUGGAUCCCAAACAAUGUGAAGACCGCCGUCUGUGACAUCCCACCACGUGGCCUCAAAAUGGCUGCCACCUUUAUCGGCAACAGCACAGCCAUCCAGGAGCUGUUCAAGCGCAUCUCCGAGCAGUUCACUGCCAUGUUCCGCCGUAAGGCCUUCCUCCACUGGUACACAGGCGAAGGCAUGGAUGAGAUGGAGUUCACCGAGGCAGAAAGCAACAUGAACGACCUGGUGUCUGAGUACCAGCAGUACCAGGACGCCACUGCUGAGGAGGGCGAGUUUGAGGAAGAGGGAGAAGAGGAAGUUGCAUAAAACCUCGCUGCCAAACCCAUCCCCCAACUCCAUCCCUUUACAUCCCUCUCAUUGUGAAUUGAAUGGUCAGCCACACUCAGAACAACUGUCACCAUCCAGAUUGCUGUUGCUCUAGUGUUAGACGUUGAUGUUAGCUGGUGCUAGUGAAGUUUUUGGUUCAAAUGUUUUUGUAUGUUGUGAAUGCACUGAAUUAUUGACAUCCUUUCAUUCGUCCUGUCAUUUUCAUUGCCGAAUUUAAAGAAGGCGAUUUUAACUGUGAAGCCUUGAAACUGGAGAAUGAUUAAAAUCUAAUUCAAAGGCCA